CUCACCCCACUCAACCAAACCCCGCACUCCACUUGCCUCCAAAACCGCCACACCAUGACCGGAACCGCCCUCCCCGCCGCCGCCGCCGCCACGGCGACCCUCCUCCUCCUCCUCUUCAUCUCCGGCGGCAUCGGCCGCCUCGCCGCCGGCGCCCGGGAGCCGUUCGCCUGCGACCCGAAGGACGAGAGGACGAGGGGCUUCCCGUUCUGCCAGGCCUCCUCGCCGGUCCCGGAGAGGGCGAGGGACCUGGUCGGGCGGCUCACAUUGCAAGAGAAGGCGAAGCUGCUCGGGAACGACGCCGCCGCCGUCCCGCGGCUGGGGAUCAAGGGCUACGAGUGGUGGUCGGAGGCGCUCCACGGGGUGUCCAACGUGGGGCCGGGGACCCGGUUCGGCGGCGACUUCCCCGGCGCCACCAGCUUCCCUCAAGUGAUCACGACCGCAGCCUCCUUCAACGCAUCGCUCUGGGAAGCGAUUGGACAGGUAGUGUCGGACGAGGCAAGAGCCAUGUACAACGGAGGCAUGGGCGGGCUCACCUACUGGAGCCCCAACAUCAACAUCCUACGGGACCCGCGCUGGGGCCGGGGCCAGGAGACUCCCGGCGAGGACCCUGUCGUCGUUGGCCAGUACGCCGCCAGCUAUGUGCGGGGGUUGCAAGGGGCCGACGGCAAUGGUGGCGGUCGGCUCAAGGUGGCGGCUUGUUGCAAGCACUUCACAGCCUAUGACCUCGAUAACUGGAACGGGGUCGAUCGCUAUCACUUCAACGCACGGGUGAGCAAACAGGACAUGGAGGAUACGUUCAGUGUCCCGUUCCGGAUGUGCGUGAUGGAAGGCAAGGUGGCCAGCGUGAUGUGCUCUUACAAUCAGGUCAACGGCAUCCCGACCUGUGCCGACCCGAACCUCCUCAGGAAAACCGUCCGCGGCGCAUGGCGGCUCGACGGGUACGUUGUCUCGGAUUGCGAUUCGGUCGGGGUAUUCUAUGGCAACCAACAUUAUACAUCCACGCCGCAGCAGGCCGUGGCCGAUGCGAUUAAAGCAGGCCUGGAUUUGGACUGCGGCCCAUUCCUCGGGAAGCACACGGAGGAGGCGGUGAGAGGCGGCCUGAUGAACGAAGCCGACAUCGACGGUGCUUUGCUCAAUACGCUAGCGGUCCAGAUGCGGCUGGGGAUGUUCGAUGGCGAGCCGUCGGCCCAGCCCUACGGGACACUCGGCCCGAAGGAUGUGUGCACUCCGGCCCAUCAGGAGCUCGCCCUCGAAGCCGCCAGGCAAGGCAUCGUCCUCCUCAAGAACCAGGGACCGGCCCUCCCCCUCUCCCCUCGCCGCCACCGUGCCGUCGCCAUCAUCGGCCCCAACUCAGACGUCACCAUCACGAUGGUCGGGAACUAUGCCGGUGUUGCGUGUGGAUAUACGACUCCCCUCCAAGGAAUCGGCAAGUACACGAAGACCAUACACCAACAAGGUUGUGCGGACGUAGCUUGCAGCGAUGACAAGCUGUUCGAAGGAGCGAUCAAGGCGGCGCGUGGAGCCGACGCGACUGUCUUGGUGAUGGGGCUCGACCAGAGCAUCGAGGCGGAGUUCAAGGACAGGGACAGUCUCCUCUUGCCGGGACGGCAGCAAGAGCUCGUGUCGAAGGUGGCCAUGGCCUCCAAGGGUCCAACUGUGCUGGUCUUGAUGUCCGGUGGGCCUGUCGACAUCUCCUUUGCUAAGAACGAUCCGCGGGUUGCCGCCAUACUGUGGGCCGGUUACCCCGGCCAGGCCGGUGGCACGGCCAUCGCUGAUAUCUUGUUCGGAGCAACUAACCCAGGAGGAAAACUGCCUAUGACAUGGUACCCGCAAGAUUACCUAGCGAGCGUACCCAUGACCGUGAUGGACAUGAGGCCCACCAGAUCGAACCUCUACCCGGGCCGGACCUACCGAUUCUAUGGAGGCCCGGUGGUGUACCCGUUCGGCCAUGGGCUGAGCUACACCCACUUCGUCCACACGCUCGCUUCUGCUCCCUCAACGGUGGUUGUCCCCCUCACCGGCCGCCGCCCCGCGAAUGCCACCAUGGGCCCCGGGAAGGCAGUCAGGGUCACGCACGCCCGGUGUGCCAGGCUCUCACUCGGGGUUCAGCUGGAAGUCCAGAACGCCGGGGCAAGGGACGGGGCCCACACGGUGCUCGUGUUCUCGACGCCCCCCGAGGACGGUGGGGCGCGCUGGGCGCCGCCACGCAGUCAGCUGGUGGGGUUCCAGAGGGUCCAUGUGGCGGCGGGGGCCCGCGAGAGGGUCGGGAUCAACAUCCACGUGUGCAAGUCCCUGAGCGUGGUGGACGGGGCCGGGGUGAGGAGGAUUCCGAUGGGGGAGCACCGGCUUCAGAUUGGGGAUGUCGUGCACUCGGUGUCGCUUCAGGCCGAGCCGUUAAGAGUGAUCUAGUCUUGAGAGGAAUUCGCAAAUUUUGGGGGCGUCAUCGCAAGAUGAUUAGCCGCCAGGGGCUUUGAUUCUUUCGAUUGGCAUUGUAUUGUACCUAGGUCAUCCUCACAUUGGGAAUUAAGAAGGGGAAUGAAGAAAUAUAAAUGGCAUAGAAUAUAUACAGACGGCUCUAAAAUGGGGUACUCUUUCUUUAUUUAUGGAAAAUGAUGAAUAUCACGAAUUCCUUCAUUUUCUCUAAAAUGUUGAAUACAUUUUCCGUUCAUAGAGAUUGAUUUGAAUAUAUAAGAAUAUUGCGUCUCGAGAGCA